AUGGCGAAAGCUGUUAAUAAGGCAAAGAGAGCUUACACUAAGACACGCUCUACCCCGAAGCCAAAGGAUAAGGCAAAGAGACUCGCCUGGAGCGAGUCAGCAGAGCUAGACCUGCUCUUAACUAUAGCUUAUGUCAAGAAGAUUAAGCUUAGUGAGGAAGAAUGGAAGGAAGUUGGUGACAGGAUUGGUGGAAGUUGGAACGCCGCGAGACAGAGAUAUGGGACUCGCAUGAGUAAGAAGUUUCCUGACUGGAAGCGUCGUUCGAGGGCAGACAAGGAACUACUCACAUCCUCUGCCAAUCCGCAUGGAUCUGUCGACGCUGGUGUUCAGCCUGGCGAAGCUGAUACCACUAUGCACGAUCCUGAUGACAACAAGGAAUGGGAUGAUUGCACGUCCGAAGGGGGCGAUAUCGAACCCGGAAUUCCUGAAGAACAGGCUCGUGCUGACCAAGCCGAGACUGGACUUGGUCGUGUCUGUUGA